UGUGUACAUACGGUUGGUUUAAAAACAGCUAAAUCAAAAAUUGUGCAAAUUUUGCACAAUUUUAUUGCAAAAAUCAUUUAGAGAUACGUGUCCACUAUCUCAUCACAUCUGUACAAUGUUUAAAUAGCAACACAUAACAUAUUUAUUGUAUAAGAUAUGCUUUUGUACUUCAUAACCUCAAAAAAUAUUUAUACAAAAAUCUAUUGCAAUUACUCAAUAUGAAUGAAAACAGUAAAUUCCUUUUCUACGCGGCCGGUAUCUUUGUUUGUUAUUUUUAUUUCGUGUUUGUACAGUGUGUGGUGAAUUAUGUGUUUGCGAAGGGGAUUUUAUAUUUUAAACCGCAAGAUGAAGAUAGGACUCCUAAAGUUUAUUAUGCAAGCUCUGCUUUGACUUAUUUGUUGGCUAUGGUUAGCUCGAAUAUGGCUUUGCAGUGGGUACCUUAUCCUACACAGGUGGUUGGAAAGGCAGCCAAACCCAUCCCGGUGAUGCUCUUAGGUGUCUUGAUAGGUCACAAAAGUUAUCCAAUGUUUAGAUAUUUAUGUGUGCUACUUAUUGUAAUAGGAGUUGUGUUAUUUAUGUACAAAGAUAACAAAUCAAGUGUUAAUGUGGAUAGUUCUUUUGGCAUUGGAGAGUUACUGCUUGUUAUGUCACUGUCGAUGGAUGGUUUGACGGGUGCUAUACAGGAUCGAAUGAGAGCCCACAAACCAUCCACUUCAACAGCCCAAUCCCACAAACCACCGUCCGCUGAAAAGAUGAUGGUAGCAACCAAUGGUUGGUCUGCAACUUAUAUAUCGGUUGCUUUAUUACUAAGUGGCGAAGGAAGAGAGUUUUUAAGCUUUGCAGUGCGAUAUCCUUAUAUCGGGACACAAUUGGCAGCUUUGGCCGUCACAGGAGCCUUGGGGCAACUUUUUAUAUUCAUGAUGGUGUCUAAAUUUGGUCCGUUAGCUUGUUCUGUUGUGACGACUACUAGGAAAUUUUUUACAGUUUUGUUCUCUGUGAUAUUUCUUGCAAAUCCUUUGAUUGCCAGGCAGUGGUUUGGAGCUGUUUUGGUAUUCACAGGUUUGUUCCUUGAUAUGAUAUAUGGAAAAAAGCCUUCACCAAAAAUGAAACAACUAUCCGUUGAUAAGAAUUAAUUAUACAUAAUUCUUAGACCAAGACAUGUCGCAUAGCACAAAUUGACAAUUAUCACAAUUUUAGUUAAUUGCUUAAUACAAAUGUAAUGUAUAGCAUA